UCAAUGUUUGUGUGUCUUUUGCCUUUUUCUAAUUCUUAAUUAUGCUGAUCAAGCUUGGGUUUUGUUCAAAAUUAAUUAAUUAUUUCUUUAUUUGACUUGGUGAAUUCAUCUCGCUACGUUGAUGGUUUUAACUUAAUAAGCCUUGCUUCUGGCCGAGGCUGGUGAAUGUGUGCCGUGAAAGCAACCUCUUUUUAGGGUGUACGCUCUUUCUUUUUUUGCCUUUGUAUUAGUGUUUUUGAUUGUUACAAGGAACAAUAUCGGCCAUCAGGGGCUCUUUUUUGUCUUUCAUUUGUUAGUUUUUAAUAUUCUGGUUGAAAACAAAUUCUGGGUUUCCGUUUUCAAGUUCGUUUCUCCUUUGGAUCCAUGGUUGAUUGGAAUUUGCCUUGAUUUUGAGGCAUUCACGGUGAUUACUUUUGAUAGCAACAUGAACUCCCUGUGCUUUGUUGCUUGCUGGUAUGGAGGCCAGAAGAUCUGUGCUAGUCAUUAUCGUUGGAUAGUUAGUUUGUGUUUGGCUUUCUCAAUGGAGGCUUGUAAGCGAAUUGCAGCUGAAAUGUGGAUGCCAUUGGUUGAUACAUAGUACUUCUUGGAACCAUUCCAUUGCUCAUCGGGAACAUUGUUAGAAGUAGGAGACAUUAGAAUUAGGAGAAUUGGAUUCCAUUCACGGUUAUGAUCUAGAUGAAUUUGAACAACUAGAACUGAUUAGAAUAUAUCGAAUUGUGUAAAAGUAAUAAAAGCAAACACGAGUGAGAGAGGAAGAGGGUGAAUAGCUUGUAAGUUAGCCCCAUUUGGAUAAUUUAGUACAACAUUCUCUGCAAUUUUAGCAAUGGGGUUGCCACAAGUUUCCUCAGAUGAUAGUGCCGAGGAAGGUGAAGCUGCAUCCAGGGCUGCAUUCUUGCAAAGCCCACCGCGGUUUGCAGGUAGCAGCGCCUGUGAUUUAGAUGGAAUGCCAAAAGGAAGUUUGGGCCAGACUAUUGGGAAUUCUUUCUGUCCUUCCCUGGGAGAUUUUCAAAGGAAAACUUCUUUGGAGCUUUCAAGGUUUUCAGAUGAAACUUUUAAACAUGGUGGGGAAACAAAUGCCUCAUCGAAUGUUCAUGGGCUGAAGGUUGGCUCUGCCAGUGUGGUUGGGCCGUAUGCAACUCCUAAAAAUGCGCAGAAAAUCCAAAAUGCUGUUUCUAGGAUUGUGGGUUUUGAAUCACUUGGACCAAGUAAGCUAGUGGAGGGCAUUUCUAGUGAUCAGGUUCAUUCUUCUUCUGUUAUUGGUGUCAGAGAUAAUGAAACGGAAUCUGGCGGGUCAUUAGUCAGGAAGCGAUUGUUGUCGCCAUUAAAUAGCAUGCUUUUCUCUGAUCAAAUUAACAGUGACCCUUUGGACAUUAGCUACAGUAGCAAUCAAGGAAACUUAUCUCCCUUAGCUGACAAGCAUAGGCUUCCUGUUUUACAAGACAAUAAAAAAGCAAAUAUUGGCAGCCAAAUGAAAUCCACAGCAUCAUCCUGGUCCUUGCCAAGCUGCUUAGGACAUGGAGACAUACCAUAUGAAAAAGGUGGAACUGCAUCUGUAUUUUUCACAGAUGGUCCUUUACUGGGAAACAAAGAACCACACCUAUCUUGUACUUUUUCGUAUUCACCUGGGGUUGAUCAAUUCCAAGAAUCAAGUCUGUUACGGUCCCAGACUGGAGCAAUAUCUAUAUCUUCCCAAAUGGCAACCUCACCUCCUGUUACUUUAUCACCACUUGGUCCAAAGUUCAGUGAAAGGAUUACAGCUGCAGGAGGAUGGAGGAAUCUUAAAAAGGAAAUGGAUGAUUGUUCUUCAACCCUAAAAGAUAUAGAACAAUCAGUUGAAAGGUUUGACUCUGGUAGUAUAUUUGCCCCUGAAGAAGAGGAGUUUGAAAUUACAAGCAGAUCAUUCGAAGAUACUAGUUUUUUGCACAAAGAAUUUUCCACUUCUUCUCUUGAAAGUUCUGCUAGAUUAAGCUGGCCUCUGUGGCAAGAAUCAGCCCCUACAUCUCCAUAUAAGAGAUUUAUCAAAGGUUUUAGUGGGCAUCCUGUUAGGAGGUCCUUGGUUGGUUCAUUUGAGGAGUCACUAUUGUCUGGAAGGUUCUUUUCUGGAAAACUCAAUCAGAGGAUUGAUGGUUUUCUAGCUGUUCUGAGCAUAACUGGAGGGGCCUUCUCUCCACAAUCUCAGAAACUUCCGUUUUCUGUAACCAGUGUGGAUGGAGAUUGUUUUUUACUGUAUUAUGCAUCCAUUGAUCUUUCAAGGAAUUCAUCAUCAAAUAAGUGCCGAGAUCAGAAGCAGAAAAGAGGCCUUAGCAUUGAUGAAUCGCAGCCUGUAAGAAGCCGGUUGCGUAUUCCUAUGAAAGGGCGCAUACAAUUGGUUCUUAGCAAUCCAGAGAAAACACCUCUUCACACUUUUCUCUGCAACUAUGAUCUGAGUGACAUGCCAGCUGGUACCAAGACAUUUGUGCGCCAGAAGAUUACUCUAGCGUCUUCUGCUCCAAAUUCUGCAGAGCUGAAACCAAGUUUUGACACCAAAGUCCAAGAUAAGGUGAGACUAACCUCUCAGGAAAAUUCUCCUUUAUGCCACAACAGACACGAGAAGGAAAGUAGUGGAAUUAAAGGCAGUGAAGGCUUGGAAUUACUGGAAUCAACACAACCGACUGGUUGCAACAAUGACCAGUGCAAGGAUUACGCCUGCACAGAUGCAUGUCAGAAAUCUGACCGGAAAGUUUCCCAUGGUUGUGCUAAGGUCAAUGAACACACUAAUAGUGUUGGUUCACUUCGAUAUGCUCUUCAUCUCAGAUUUCUAUGCCCUUCUCCCAAAAAAGGUUCCAAGUCAUUUCUGAGAUGUAAAUCUGAUCCUGGGUCAGUUCCUCAAAAGACUAGCAUUGAAAAGGAUGGGGAUCGGAGAUUCUAUUUAUACAAUGACUUGAGGGUUGUGUUCCCUCAACGCCAUUCAGAUGCUGAUGAGGGCAAGUUGAACGUGGAAUACCAUUAUCCAGAAGAUCCAAGAUACUUCGAUAUCAGCAACUGAAUCAUCUAAUUUACACCCAAAAAGCAAGCUUUCUUUUGCUGACUUUGUACAUAAAUAGUUACUGUAUGUUUCAUUUCAGUCAUCUCACCUCGAAAUGGCACUAACCCUCAUCAAUCUGUAUAUACCCUUUAUUCUCUAAUAAUUUGAUGGGUUAAACAUUGUUGAA